UAUUAAAUAUGUUGUGGUCUUUUAAAUGUUUAUUUUAUGUGAGUGUAUUUAUUCUAUUGAGGAUAGCUGAAGCGAAUGAAGAAUGUACAAAUAAUGAAAACUGUAAAGUAUCAACAAAGAUAAAUGACUUAAGUCAAGGUAUAAAUUAUGUUACGUUGCCACCAAAAAAAAGUUUGCAUGCAUUAAAUAUGAUGACAGAAGAAUCACAUCAUGACGUUAUGGAUAGUAAAAAUAUUUCAAUGGAUAUGCAGUCAUUAACAACACAAGAACCAAAGAGCCGGGCAAUAAAUUUUUCAUUAAAUCCUGGCACAUCAAACAUUAUCACAACAAAUUCAACAAAUUUCCAAUCGCCUUUAUUGAAACAACAUUCAGCUGAUCCAACGAUAUAUGUAACAACACCGAAAUUAUCAACCAAAGAUAUAAGUGAUGUUAGUAUGGAUGAUGAGGAUACUGAUGAUAUAAAUGUUGAUGAUAAUGCUGCACAAUUCUUAUUUAGAACCGAUAAACCAAAAAUAUAUGAACCAUUAUUUGGUGGUAAAAAAUCAUUAUUGAUGAAUGAGACGACAACAACUAAUAACGACACCACAACAGUGCCAUCAAUUAUAUAUUGUAUGCAUAAUGGAAAUAAAAUGAAAAUUGGUGAAAAAUUUGAUGAAGGUUGUGAUGAGACAUGUGUGUGCGAAGAAAGUGGAAUAGUUAAAUGUGUGCCAAAGAUAUGUGAUGCUCCAUAUUUUCGUAAAGGUCGUCAUAAUGAUGACAAUCAAUGCUUCGAGCGUAGUAUUGAAAAUGAUUCAUGUUGUGUACUUGUUGUUUGUACAAAUGAAGGACAAGAAGAUGUUCAAAAUACCUGUAUAUAUAAAAAUAAAACAUACCAAGUUGAAGAAGAAUUUGUGGAUGAAUGUCAAAAUUGUACGUGUCAACAAAAUGGCAAAGUGCUUUGUAAACCAAGAUGCGAAGCAAUUGUAAACAAUCAACCAGACAAAUGUGUGGUGAUAACAGACCCCCAAGAUAAAUGCUGUCCAAUAUUACGUUGCGAUGUAUCUUUGAAUGAAAAAGAUUCCAUGCCACCAGAAUAUUCAACAUUGUAUAAAAUAUUAUCAGCUCAGGCAAUCAACAGUACGGUCAUAAAAGUGAAUAUUGAAUUAUUAUCAGAGAAUUAUUCAAUUAUUACUAUCCAAAUAAGUGACGACGAAAAAAAUUGGAAACCAAUUGAAUUGACUUCUACCUAUUUGGUAACAAAUUUAAAACCAAAUACUAAAUAUUUUAUAAGAACUAGUGAAAAUUCUACAGUCUAUAAAGUGACUACAAUGCCUGACAUAAAAAAUUCACCAACUCAACAAGCUACAAAUGACAAGAAAGUUAUUUCAAACAAAUGUGAAUAUAAAGAAAAUAAAUAUUCAAUAGGUGAAGAAUUUCAUGACAAUUGUACAAGUUUCUGUAUAUGCACGGCGAAAGGUGUAAUAUGUGAUAAAAUUAAUUGCCCAACAAGAUUUGGACUUGAUGUAUUAGAUCCACAUUGUUUAGAAUGGGAAACAAUUCCACCAAAUUUUGUACCAACACCUCCAAAAUGUUGUGCUGAACGUGUAAGAUGUAAAAAUAAUGGAUCAUGUUUAUACGAAGGAAUUCGUUAUAAUAAUUUCGCUGAAAUUCCAACUAAUUUAACUGGAUGCCACAGGCGAUGUUAUUGUGAAUUGGGGAAAAUUGAAUGCCAGGAUGCUUGCCCGCCUGUCACUGCUCAGCCACCAGCUAGUCUUCCAUGCCCACCUCAUCAUGCUAUUUUAACUCAUUUACAAGAUGACGAUUGCUGUCUGUAUUGGAUGUGUGCAGCUGUUCCUAAUGCUCCAAUAAUUUCAGAUUUUGCACCUGCUAUCCAAAAUGGAAUUCCACAUCAACCAUAUCCACCAUUUGGACAAAAUCCUGGUCAAAUGCAAGAUGACGUGAACAUAUUGGAAUUGAAAGCAAUUGAUGCUUACACAGUACGAUUAAUUUUAACAGUUCCUGCAAUACUGGUUGGACUUCAUGGACGCGUUGAACUACGAUACACAAGUUUAAUGGAUAACAAUAACCCAACAACAUGGGAUACACAAAUAUUUGCGCCACCAAAUGAUUUAAUAGCAACACCACAAUUGGAAUUUGAGUUACCUGGCCUAAAACCAGAUACAGAAUACCAAAUCAAAAUUAAUAUAUUCUUACGUGAUUUACACAAUACGCUUAGCAGUAAAGUAUACAAAGUGCGUACGUUACAAACGAUUACAAAUCCAUAUUUAAUGACACCAUCGAUAAUACCAAUCCAACCAGAUUUGAAAAUUAUUGAAAUUAACGAUACAUGGAUAACAUUAUCUUGGCGUAAAUUUACUGAAUUUGAAUUACAAUAUAUAGAUGGUGUACAAAUACGUUACAAAACAAUUGAAAGUAAAAUAUACGCAGCGACACCACUUAUACAUCGUACAAUCGGCAGUUAUACGUUAAGCGAAUUAAAACCAAAUACAGAAUAUGAAAUUGAAUUAUUAUUUAUACCGUUUGAAGGACAACAAACUGAAUUGAAAUCAGAAGUUAUUCUUCAUGCUACAACGCUUCCAAAAAUCGAUGUGUUCAAUUUCAAUGUAACAAUAGAGGCAAAUCAAAUAAAAUCACGAAGUGUAGAAAUCACAUGGUCAGGAAUACCAUAUCCACAAGAAAAAUAUGUGAAUAUAUAUCGAGCAAUAUAUGAAAGUGAUAAAGACAAAGAAAAUUAUAGUAAAUUUAAACUAGCAAAAAGAGAUGCAAUUACAAAAACUAUUAUUACGGACUUGAAACCAAAUACCAAUUACCAAUUAAUUUUGGAAUUGUAUUUAUCAAAUGGAAAAGUGAAAACAAGCAAUGUUUUGAAUUUCAAAACAAGAGAAGAUAUUGUAUCACAACAAGAAAUACAAAAAGGAAAACUUUCUGUUUCGAAAGAAGCAUUAGCAGAUGGAGAUUAUUAUGAAUCUUUAAUAAUAGUUGCAAUUGUAGCUGCAAUAGCUAUUCUUUCAACUUUAAUAUUAUCAUCGAUAUUAAUGAAACGACACACACAAAACAAAGCGGCCAUUUCAUCACCAACAGCAACAAUGAGAGUUUCACAAGCAUCAUACGAUAAUCCUACGUAUAAAAUUGAAUCACAACAAGAAACGAUGAAUUUAUGAGAAAGACUAAAAUAAACUGCCAACAGAACUGUAAAAUAUUGCAACAAUCUCAUUAGAUUUAUUAAAACAAUUACUUUGUUAUUUAAAUUAUCUACU